AUACUACCAAGGUGGCCCGCAAGUUUCGCACGCAGCGGUACAAUGACAACAACGCACCGCUCAUGUAUGUCCACAUUCAAGUUGGGCAAGCGUCCUGCAGCGCUUUGCUGGAUAGCGGUGCGUCUCGCAAUUUCAUGAGCCAAUCCUUUAUGCAAAGGGCUGGCCUUGGCGCACAAGUUCGGAGGAAGGCAAACCCGACAGCGAUCAAGUUGGCGGAUGGAAAGAUGCAGCAACUUCUCGACCGUUACAUUGAAGUCGUACCGGUGUACUUCGCACCUCAUUUAUGCGAACCGGUGACGUUCGACAUUCUCGAUACGAAUUUUGACAUCAUUGUGGGAAUGCCUUGGCUUGCAAGUGCAGAUCACACAGUCAACUUCCAUCGGCGGACUCUUAGCGUUCGCGAUGCCUUCGGCGUGGAAGUGGCGUGUAUUAUUCCUCUACCGCACCCUUCGAUUCGGUGCCAAGUGGUGAUGGCCAAAUCAUUCCGGGCAACUUGCGCUUGCGAGCAGCCUGAGGAAAUCGGCCUAUGUUUCCUAAGGACCGUCGCGGUAGCCGACUCUUCACCCACGGACUUGUCUUCGGACCCCUGUGUGGUGCGGUUGCUGGACGAGUUCGUCGACAUCUUCGAGUCACCUACCAGUGUGGUGCCGGAUCGGCCGAUCUCUCACGAGAUCAUUCUUGAGGCCGGUGUCGUGCCGCCGAAAGGUUGCAUCUAUCGGAUGACCGAGGAGGAGCUUGAGGUCCUCCGCGCACAACUCGACGAUUUAUUGGCCAAGGGUUGGAUCCGCCCUAGUAGCUCCCCAUAUGGAGCACCAGUUCUCUUCGUCCGGAAGAAGAACAAGGAUCUACGAUUGUGUAUCGACUACCGCAAGCUCAACGCGCAAACCGUCAAGAAUCCGGGGCCUCUUCCUCGCAUCGACGAUCUUCUUGAGCCAUUGGGCGGCGCAAAGUAUUUUUCUAAGUUGGAUUUGAAAUCGGGAUAUCAUCAAAUCUCGAUCCGGCCGAACGAUCGCUACAAAUCCGUGUUCAAGACGUGGUACGGGCAUUUUGAGUGGGUGGUCAUGCCUUUUGGCCUCACCAACGCCCCGGCGACCUUUCAAGCGGCAAUGACCAAUGAGUUCCGUGCAAUGUUGGACCGGUUCGUGCUGGUCUACUUAGACGAUAUUCUCGUCUAUAGCCGGUCAUUGGAGGAUCAUCUUGGACAUCUUCGACGAGUGUUGGAGACGCUCCGCCGCGCCAAGUACAAGGCUAACCGCGACAAGUGUGAAUUUGUCCAGCAAGAGCUGGAAUACUUGGGCCAUUUUUUCACACCGGAGGGCAUCAGUCCGCUAUCGGACAAGAUUCAAGUCAUCCAAAAGUGGUCGGAGCCUCGGAACGUCACGGAUGUCCGCUCGUUCCUUGGUCUCGCCGGCUACUAUCAGCGUUUCAUCAAAGGUUACUCGAAGAUCGCGGCCCACUUGACCAAGCUUCAAUGCGAGGAUCGGCCGUUUGACUUCGGAGAGGAGGCGCAAUAAUCAUUCUUGGCUUUCAAAGCCGCGCUAUUGUCUGCGGAGGUCUUGCGGAUAUACGACCCGC